AUGAGCAAUUUAAGGGCGGUGUGUAGGCCCCACGCCGUGUUCUCUUCCAUGGCGUGCUUUUACAGAUCCAUGGCCAGCGUUUCGUCGUUCCACCACCAUUGCUGUAGCUUGAGACCUCCGCUGUCUUCACAGUCGUCCUCGAUUUUCGCCGUGUGGUUCGAUCGAUUGGGAGAGGAGAGAAAGCAGGAACCGCGAGUGAGGCCAAAUCGGCAGAGGAGAAUGGUGGCCACCAAGGCUUCUAACUGGACCGACUCCAGAUCGCCUUACGAAACUCUAGAACUGGAAACGGAUGCAGAAGACGAGGAAAUUAAGGUAGCCUACAGGCGCUUGGCCAAGUUCUAUCAUCCUGAUGUUUACGAUGGGAGAGGGACCUUAGAAGAAGGUGAAACUGCGGAAACUCGAUUUAUAAGGAUUCAGGCUGCAUAUGAGCUUCUUAUCGAUGAGGAGAAGCGGAGGCAAUACGACAGUGACAAUCGUGUGAACCCAAUGAAGGCUUCUCAAGCAUGGAUGGAGUGGCUUAUGAAGAAACGGAAAGCAUUUGAUCAGAGAGGUGAUAUGGCAAUUGCAGCUUGGGCCGAACAACAGCAGCGCGAAUUGAACCUCCGAGCACGGCGCCUUGCUCGCUCAAAGAUUGAUCCUGAAGAAGAAAGGAAGAUAUUGGUGAAAGAGAAAAAGGCAUCUGUGGAGAACUUCAACAACACUUUGAGGAGGCACACACUUGUCCUUAGAAAAAGAGAUCUAAUGCGUAAAAAAGCCGAUGAAGAUAAGAAAAAGCUCAUCGGCCAGCUUUUAGAGGCAGAGGGCCUUGAACUUGCAAAUGAUGAAGAUGAAAAGUAG